GUAAGCCUUAACUAAGUGGAUCAAUGACUUAGAAAAUAGAUCAAGAUUCAAGUCAAAAUUAUGUCUGAGAGGUUGAAAACGUUUUUUGAGGCCUUGUUGAGGAGGAACUCAGAUUUUUUGGCUGCUGUAGUCACUGACAAGGACGGUGUGCCCAUAGUGAAAGCAACCCAAGACAAAGUGCCAAACAAUGUUUUAAGAGGAAGCUUUCUAGCAACUUUUGCAUCUGCAACUGAACAAGCAAGCAAACUUGGUCUUUCAAAGAAUAAAACUAUUGUUUGCUCAUUUUCAUCAUUUCAAGUCGUCCAGUUUAAUUUUCUUCCACUAGUUGUGACAAUAGUUGCAACAAGUCAAGCCAACACAGGAUUGAUCCUCAGUUUAGAAAACGAAUUCUCAGACGACGUGAAGGAGAUGUCUUCUGCAAUUCGCGCAAUUUCAAAAGAUUAAAUAAACGAUUUUAUAUAUACAUUACUCACUAUAGUCACGAGUCACGACUAAUUUCUGACUGAAUAAUCAUGUGUGGAAGCUCAAUUAAUGCAAUUACAUUUUUAUAAAGAUAA